UUGAAUAAACUCGUAAAUAAUUCAUCAAUUGAUUAAAAUAGUCAAUAAAAUUCAAAUAAAGUUAGUUGCACAGAUUGAUUGCAGCCUAAUUUAAUUAUUUACCAUAAAUUUCAAUCGGAUGUAAUAUUCUUAGAUUAUGGAUACGGUGUGACGUUUUAUUGAACGAUGAACAGUGAUCAAAGCCCUGGAAGCCCUAUAGACUUGAGUGACCGUGAGCAGGCAGUUCUGAUGGACCCAAUAGACCACGCUCGGGCCCGGUAUCCCUACUGCAUAGUAUGGACACCAAUACCAGUCCUAACAUGGAUAUUUCCAUUCCUGGGUCACAUGGGCAUUUGUAUGUCCAAUGGAGUGAUAAGAGACUUUGCAGGACCAUACUUUGUGUCUGAGGACCUGAUGGCCUUUGGUAACCCUACUAAGUACUGGCAGCUGUCACCACACAGAGCUAUGAACGGCCAGGCUGGCUGGGAUACAGCUGUGUCUGAGGCCUCAGACAUAUAUAAGAAAAGAAUGCAUAUAAUAUUCUACGACAACUGCCACUCCCAUGUAGCCACGGCCCUCAACAUCAUGAGCUACGGAGGCUGCAAAAACUGGAACAUGGUCAAACUGGCUCUCUACAUGAUACCAUUCUCAAGAUAUGUCAGCUUUGGUGCAUUCUUGAAGACUUGGUUACCGUUUUUCGUUAUUGUGGCAUUGAUUUGCGGGCUAGCUGCAGCUAUAUAAGCUAAACACAUAAAUAUAACUACUGCUGUAUGUUACUGAGAUAAUCAAUUAGUAAUUGAACAUUAUUGUAUAGAAGUUUGUCUUCUUUGCAGAAAUCCAUGAAAUACUUAUGUUGACAAGGAACACUAUGCUGAAUUUGCUAUAAUCUGCAGAAAUUAGACAAAUAUCUUAAGGUGGCAAUAAAUACCCUUAAUCAACUUUGGAUUUUAGUAUUGUGGCUAUUAUUUUUGUAUUGUGGCAAUAAUAAACUGCCAAAGGUCACAUCAUGACGUUAUUGCCUAAUAGGGAAGUAUUUUCUGAAUAUUUACAUUAUAACAUAAUUUUGAUGUCAAAGGAAAAUUAUCUAAUUUCACUCAUUUUAUAGUCUCAAUUUCUCUACUACUGGUUUCAUUUCUUAGAUAUUCAGCCAAAGUCGGUUUGUUUGUGCAGAUGAAAUUAAGCUUUAAAAUUAUCAAUAUAAUUUCUAUUUUAUUCUGACUUUUCAGUAGCGAUAUAGUCUGUAGACUAUGAUUGCCAGCCUACAAAUCUUACAGAACAAUACUAACAUAGCACGUUAAACCCCCUCUUUGGGGUUCCAUGCUGUGCAAUAGUCGAUGUAUGCGUAAAAGCAAUGCCUACCCUACAAUUUGUAAUGUAUUUAAUAAGUUGUGAAUAUUAUAGCAAAUGAAGCAUAAUAUUCCUCGCUGUAAAUAUUUACAUGGAAAUGAGUUUCAACUCAUUUUCAUUUUAAAAAAUAUAUUCCAGUAUAUAAAUAGUAAGUAUAGCUAUGUAUUGAUAAAAAAUAUUGCGUGUACGAUUGUUACUUAAUUAAUUAGUGAUGCUUUAUAAUUUUAUAUACAGUUAUGAGAUAAACCAAACAGAAAUAACUAUGACUGCAUAACAUCAUAACAAAGUAGAAAAACAAUUCUUAUUUUUGUAUUUUUGUCUAUUUUAUAUUAUCUACAGUACAAAAACAAACAUUAGUAGUAAUGCCAGUUGCAGUUUAAUAUAUUUCUAACUUACUUAAUUAUAUUGUAUCAAUCUGUCCAUGUAAAAAUGUCUUGCUGUUUUCUUAAAUUAUGUAUGUAUUAGACAAAUCUUAAUGUAUGAUAAUACUAUAUAUUUUUUUAUGUGUAGGUAAAGUUACGUCGGUAUGGAAUGGCAAUUCCUUGGUUUAUUUUCAUAACCUCGUAUGCGUAUGAUGACUGAUGUUCAUUUAACGCAAAGUCUCGUCAAGGUCCGCUCAGGUCAGCUUGUCCCAUUGAAUAUUCCCAGAGGAGCGCCGAGUGCAAUAUAGUUUAGUGAAAAGUAAUAGUUAUUUUACCUUUUUAACAAGCAAUGUGUAAUAUUAAGGUUUUCGGUGGUUGUAUUACUUAGAUAUAGCGAUUUUAGAUGCAUCGAUUUCCUAUAUUAUGGAAUCUGCUGGAAGUUUCAAAACGCUUCGUUUUUGUAUGUUUGCAGUUGUAGUACGUAUUAAAAAAACAAAUGUCAUCGUAAAAUGGACCAAACGAUUCUCGCUUUAAAGUCGAACAUUCUGUAUUUAUAAAUGGAUGCAGAAGUGUGAACGUAGACUUUAAUGCAAGAAAAUAAGGUUAAUUUUACUCUGGCAUGAGAGUGGGCAGUCCACUAAUACGCACUGGGCUAACGUGGUGGACUACGGCCUUGAGUGUAUAGGUAAAGGUAUUGUUUGAAUUAUUGAAAGUCAAAUGUCAAACCUUUUUUAGAAAAACUCAAAUGUUGACUAUAGCUAAAUUCAUGGUGUCGGAUUUUUUAACGGUGUGCGCGCGCAUCGUAAAAAUUUACAAUCACUUUUUUUCCCUAACGCGCCAAAAGAAGUUUAACUUCAAUUAUGUUAAUUCUGCAAAGUGGCAUUACACUGUUAAACCGAAUAUAUGUGAUUCGACAAGAUCGCAAAGUCGGGUCAGAUUGAGGUCAGAUAGAGACGGACGAUAGAGGAGAGGGCCAUGGUGGGCCGGUAAUGGGUUAGUAUGACGUAUACAACGCGAACGUACAAAGAAAUAAAUAGCGGCAUUAUACACACGGCGUUUUAACGCCGGUGCCACUUCUGCGUUUCACAUAGUGUCAUACGGCGAAGUCACGCUGGUCACAUUGCAAGGACGUGGCGUCGCAGUGGACGGUAAGGCUACAGAUCUGAGACUAGAAAGUGACUUAUAAGACAGCAAGGAAUUUAAAUAUAAAUAAUAAUAUGGUGAUUUUACGAUUUAUAGCUAUGUAUUUUCAACUUCCAACUAAAUAUCAUAGUCUUGAGUCAGAACUGAUUUGAAUUUUAAAGCACUCAAGUUAUAUUGUAGACAACUUUGUUGUAUAUAAGUAAAAAAAGAGGUAGAUAAUAAGUAGGUAGAGCUUGCCAACCCCAUUGGUUCGGCUUUACACAAAUCUCUGAACUGAACUAAAGCGACAGGUUUGAAAGGAGUAGGUUACUAGUAGUUUAUUCGAUACAUUACCCAAGGCUUUAAUCACCGCAAAUAAAAAACCGGUCGCUGAGUAACUCAAAAGCCUUUUUAUGGUGCCCAUAAUUAGCGACCACGCGUCGGUACCGUAAGUCAUCACAUUCAUUUUUAAGUCAAUGUCUUAAGAAAUAUGUUUCUAGUGUUAAGUUUUCAGUUUAUCACUCAACUCCACCUUGAAUUAUGAUCAAAAUUAAACUUAGAAC